GACAAGGACCACCAGUUGACGAUGUUAACAAAACUACAGGUAUAUCACAGCACUCAGCCUAUUUGAGUCUGUUUGCUUUUGUCACACAGACAUGGCGUGAACGAUUUGAAGCCACCAAUAUUUCUAUCGUAAAGAUAUGACAACAUACCUUCUUCAGGAUAAGCUACUGGCGCAGUUUUCUGCCGCCCUCGGCCGACGAGCCCGGCCUCUGGUUGUUCUGAAACCUCUGAUGCUGGCUCUCGAACAAGAAUCUUGCAAGGGCAAUGAGGAUUACAAGUUGCACGUUUGCCACGGAGGUUUUCACGUCCCCUGAUACAUGUGAUGGUUGUCUAAUUUGAACCAUUUUCAAAUUAUUUUCCAUGGGGCUGCACAUUCAGCAGAAAGAAGUAUCAAGGAGCUUUGUUGGCCUACUCUCUCUCUUCCAAAUUUGUCCAUUUGGCUCUGCCACAUUGGAACUCAAGACGAUUCCACAUUUGAAAUGCCUAUUCAGCAUCUGGACUCUAGCUCAUCCACAUUUGAGGUUUUAGCCCUUUGAAAUUUGAUAAUAAUGUGGUGUUUACGUAAUUCACCCGCGAUACCACGAGUUAGGGUGCGGGGUUCCCCACGGACUGUUUUUGUUGUUGCUCUUCCGGAGUGAGAGUUCACAGAGUUCCCGCCGUUAUGCGAGUAGUGUUUUGAUGUCUGCCAAAAAACAAGUUUUGUUCCUGUGUCCGACACUCCGCCUCCGACUCCUUUUCUCCAGCGUUACAAUACCACAUUUCACGUUGCAUACCCCAGGUGCAGCAGUCUCCUGGCCACGUGCUCUGCCUCGUGAUCGAUGCUCUCUAUUGUUUUACCAAUACCAUUAUUAGCCCAUAUUCCCAACUGGUCAUAACCUUUAUGGUAUUUGAGAUAUUGAGAUCAUGAAGUAAUAUUUCAGAGGGUUUUCAAAGCUCUUUCCAAUAAUGGGAGAGUUGUUUUCAAUUCCACCCAUCCAUUUUCUUUGCCACUUAUCCACACGAGGGUCACGGGAGUGCUGGAGCCUAUCUCAGCUGUCAACCGGCAGGAGUCAGUGCACACCCUGAACUGGAUGUGGGAGGAAACCGGAGUGCCCGGAGGAAACCCACGCAGCCACUGGGAGAACAUGCAAACUCCACACAGAGAGGGGCCGGGAUUGAACCCAGGUCCUUAGAACUGUGAGGCCAACGUUUUGCCGCUGAGCCGUGCGGCCUUUUUUUUCCAAUUCCAUUAAUUUGAUUUUUUUUUUUUUUAAUGAUCAAGAAAAUUUUACUCCCGGAUAAAGCCAACAGAAUUUAGUUGUUGGCGUGUGCACUUAAGUGUCAGUUUUGUCAAACCUUGCUCGUUGGUGGUGGAAAGCUGAAGACUUUACUUCAGCCUUGACUUCUGCUCAGGGAACUGUUGAUCGCAAACGCGUCUGUCAACAAGCGAGGCGAAGAAAAGCUGAGAAGCUUCAACGAGACGACUCCAACCGGACACGAAGAUAACACGAGUGACGUUGUAAUCCACUAAAGUAGUGAUCACGGGCGUCCCGCGACCAGGAUUUACAACAUUUGGUCCACAUUCAGGAAAAUUUACACAAGCCAAUCGACCCUCGCGCCGCAUGGUGAAAAGGAAUAGCGUAUUACCCAGGAUCCCUUGGGCCAGAAAUAUUUAAACCGACAGACCACCGACUCGAGCAGUUACAUGUGGCUGACGAAGCUGACCUCACAUGCAUUUUUGUAACACAUACAUACAAUACAUACGGUAACCCGCACUCAGCCCUGUGAGAUCAAGAUUCAUGCGUAAAUGUUGGAUGGUUGUCACUGUUGCUAAACGGACCAAACGUGAACUUGAAUCAGCCGCUAAACCUGGACAAGGUGCAACAGGCUCAGAAGCCCCUCCACAGGAAGUACCAAAACUGAGAAGAGUUUUUGUUAGAAGACAAGUUGUGGAGAGAGGAAAUUGGUGUAAACGCCAUGUGAAAAUGUGUACAAGUAGCACAGGAGACUACGAGGAGGAACUUUGGGGCCCAAAAGAGGAGAAGAAGCCACAACGUGAACUACUGGGCGCUGUGUUCAAUCUGCAGCCUCAAAUUGUGCUCCUCAGAUCAGACAUCACUGAAAAUCUUCGGACUGAGUGGCAGGAGCCAGAGCCCUCUCACAUUAAAGAGGAAAUGGAGGACGAGGAGGCGCAACACAUCAAAGAGGAAGAAGAGCCAAUUUCGAUUAAAAAUGAGGAUGAAACAGAGCGAUCCCACAUCAAACAGGAGGAGGAGGAUGUCACUAAGUUUCCAUCGACUUAUGUCCCUUUGAAGAGUGAAGAUGGUCAAAGUGAGGAGAGCAGAGGGGCAGAGCCUCCAAGUAGCUGCUCAAGUCAACCCAUGACAAAAAGUGAUGGACACCACGACGAAGGAUCACAUCUAGACGGUCUCAUAGUGUCACUAUCUGAACAUGGUGACAUGUUAUCAGACUCUCCUGACCUUGAUGUUAAUGGACAGUGUAAAGGUGAUUUGACAUGUCACACAGAAAACAAACACUGGAAAUGUUCUCACUGUGGGAAAAUGUUUGCUCAUAAGAGCAAAAUGAAAUGUAACCUGAAAAUACACACAGGACUGAAAGAUUUUACCUGUUUAGUUUGUGGUCAAAGAUUCACUCAUAAGGCAAACUUAAAAUCACACACAAGAACACGCACUGGUGAGAAACCUUUUUCCUGCUCAGUUUGUAGCCAAAGAUUCACUCAUAAGGCAAACUUAACAUCACACACAAGCACACACUCUGGUGAGAAACGUUUUUCCUGUUCAAUUUGUGGUCAAAGGUUCUCUCGGAAUGUACACUUAAAAUAUCACACAAAUAGACACUGGUGAGAAACCAUUUUCCUGCUCAGUUUGUGGUCACAGAUUCUCUGGAAAGCAAAGCUUAAAAAUACACACAAAAACCCACAGUGGCGAGAAGCCUUUUUCCUGUGCAGUUUGUGGUCAAAGAUUCUCUCUGAAGGGAACCUUAAAAAUACACGCAAGAACGCAUACUGGUGAAAAACCUAUUUUUCUGCUCAGUUUGCGGUUAAAACCUCUCAUGGAAGGGAACUUUAAAAAUACACACUGGCGAGAAAUGCAGUUUGUGGUCAAAGAUUAUCUGACAACAGAAACUUUAAAACGCACACAAGAACCCACACUGGUGAGAAGCCUUUUUCAUGCUCAAUUUGUGGCCAAAGAUUCUCCGACAAGAGAUACUUAAAAAGACACACAACAACACACUGGUGAGAAGCAUUUCCCUGUGCAGUUUGUGGUAAAAGUUUCCUCAGAAAAGUGAUUUGAAAAUACACACAAGAACCCAUACUGGUGAGAAAUUUUGCUGUUCAGUUUGUGGCAAAAGAUUCUUUAGUAAUUAUCAGGCUCAGAAACACAAAUGUACUGGUCAAAAUAGCAGGGACGAAGAAGCAUUUAAUGCAUUCUAUGUACCGUUUUUGUUUUUUUACUGAAAAGUUUUAAUUUUUUCAAUGAGGGGAUUCCACCUGACAACUACAAUAUAUGUGAAAUUAUAAUUACUGCCACUUUAUAGGAUAGUACAUAGGGUUUCCCAUACCAGCUAAGCCAGUGCAUUUUAAUUUUCAAUUUCGGUAAUGAAAAGGGGGUGUUUGAAAGGGAAUUAAUUGUUUCCCAAUUGUUUGAAAAUGUACUGAUAUCAUAAGGUGCGGGGGAAGAAAAUGUAUUUAUUUGUGAAAUAUGGGCCAUGAAGAUCCAUACUUCCUUUGACCAAUUUAUGCAUUUUGUCCUUUUAAAAUAAUCCGAUCAAAAAUCUUGGGACUUUUGGUGAAAAUGGUGUAUAUGUGAUAGUUCAUAAAAUACAUCUUAUAACAAAGAGGUUGGCUCAAUUUGUUUAUCAAAUCCUCUUACCCCAUUAAAAAUGUAUUGAAAUGUCUUUUAUCCAUUGGAAAACCUCCCAAAAGAAAUGCUCACACCUUAACAGAAAACAUGGCCCAAGCGAUGAGGCCGACGUGGAAAAACUUCAAAGCUAGAGAACUGUGGAGGAUCACAACCAGAUAGCGACGAUCAAAUACUGUAGUGACAAGAUUCUCCUCACACUAAUGAUCUGGAUCUGAAAUCCAGAUGGGAGAUGACCUGUCACACUGACAAACGAUGGAAAUGUUCUCAGUGUGGGAAAACUGUCCUUCUCAGUUUUUGGUCAAAUAUUCUUUAUGAAGAAGCUUUGAAGAAAUCUAAGUUUAACAAAAAAAAAAAAUCAUGAGUAUUGUACAAAUUUACCCCCAAAAAUGUUAUUACCUACUCUGUUUAUGUUUGUUGUCUUUUCUAAAAAAACCUGUGGACAAAUGUUAGAAAUAAUGAAUGUCUAGUUUUCCAAUCAUGCAGUGAUGUCCUUGUCAAAUUAAUGAAUGAUUCUUUGAAGUCGGAAAGAGUCCUUGAGUUUUCAUGGCAAACUAAAGUGUAUAUGUAAUUUUAAAAAAAAUCCUUCUUCAGUGAGUACAACUUGCUUGUAUGUCACAUUCUUUUUCCCUCUUGAAAAUUAAAAUGCCUUUAAAGUGGCACUAAGGCAGGCCCAAAAAAUGGAAUGUAAAUCCACAACACACCACAAAAACAUGUCGGGUUAACAAGCUUGCCACAUUUGAAUGAAUAAAACUAAAUCACAGAUUUCAAAACUAGAAUUACCUGGGCCCCCUCUCAGCUUUCAGGCUAUGGAUGUGUCAAACAGGUGUUUCUAAAAGGAAUUAAUUAUACUAACGGAGCAAUAACUAAGAUAACGUAAAAUCACGUUCGGAGGCUCAAUUUCCAAAAUUAAUGGUGAUUGUGAACUAUAAUCAUACAAAUAAAAAACACGUCAACCUACCCUCGCUGUUGAUAACACACAGUGAAGAAAAUAAGUAUUUGAACACCCUGCCAUAUUGCAAGUUCUCCCACUUAGAAAUCAUGGAAGCAUCUGCAAUUUUCAUCGCAGGUGGAAGUCCACUGUGAGAGAGAGGUAAUCUAAAAAGAAAAAUCACAAUGUAUGAUGUUUUUUUAACGAUUUGUGUGAUACAGCUCCAAACAAGUAUUUUAACACCUGAGAAAACCAAUGUUAAUAUUUGGUACAGUAGCCUAUGUUUGCAAUUACAGAGGUCGAACUUUUCCUGUACUUGUUCACCAGGUUUCCACACUCUGAAGGAGGGAUUUUGGCCCACUCCUCCACACAGAUCUCUAGAUCAGACUGGUUUCUGGGCCGUUGCUGGUUGGUUUUCCUGGCUUUGUGCUUUGGGUCAUUGUCAUGUUGAAAGACCUAGACACGAUUCCAUCUUGAAUACUCUGACUGAGGAAAAGAGGUUGAUCCCCUAAAUCUCACAAUACAUGGCCACGGUCAUCCUCUCCUUAAUACAGUGCAGUCGUCCUGUCCCAUGUGCAGAAAAACACCCCCAUACCCUGAUGCUACCACCCCCAUGCUUCACAGCAGGGAUGGUGUUUUUGGGAUGGAACUAGCCAUUUGUCUUCUUCCAAACAUGGUAAGUGGAAUUAUGACCAAAAAGUUCCAUUUUGGUCUCAUCUGACCACAAAACAUUCUGCCGGGACUCUUCUGUAUUGUUCAAAUGGUCAAUGGCAAAUUUAAGAUGGGCUUUAACGUGCUGGUUUAAGCAGGGGAACCUUCCGUGCCAUGCAUGAUUUCAAACCAUGACGUCUUAGUGCAUUACCAACAAUCACCUUGGAAACGGUGGUCCCAGCUCUUUUGUGGUCAUUGACCAAGUCCUGUUGUUUAGUCCUGGGCUGAUUCCUCACCUUCCGAAGGAUCAUUCAGACCCCAUGAGGUGAUAUUUUGCAUGGGGCUACUCUCUGAGAUUGACUAUCAUGUUUAGCUUCUUCCUUUUUCUAAUGAUUGUUCCAACAGUGGACCUUUUUUAACCGAGCUGCUUGGCAAUUUCUCCGUAGAUCUUUCCAGCCAUGUGGAGAAGUAUAAUUUUGUCUCUGGUGUCUUUGGACAGAUCCUUGGUCUUGGCCAUGUUACAAGUUUGAGUCUUACUGAUUAUAUGGGGUAGACAGGUGUCUUUAUGCAGCUACCGACCCCACACCAGUGCAUCUGAUUCAGGAUAAUACAUGGAGUUGUCGCUUUUAAAGGCGGACUAACAGAUCUUUCAGGGUCAAAAUUAUAGCUGAUGGACAGGUUUUCAAAUACUUAUUUGCAGCUGUUAUCACACAAAUAAAUCGUUGAAAAAAAUCAUACAUUGAUUUCCGGAUUUUUUAGAUUAUCUCUCUCACAGUGGACAUGCACCUCCGAUGAAAAUUUCAGACCCCUCCAUGAUUUAUUUCUAAGUGGGAGAAUUUGCAAUA